AUGCCCAAAUGUAUUAUCUGUUGUAUCUGCAUCAACUAUCCCCUUCUCCCCACGUUUAAAGGCGGAUCAGUCGUUGAAGAUAUGGCUGCUGAGAGAGUGAUGGGGGUACUUGUUGAUGCGGUCAAAGAGGCGGUGCUGGCAGCUGUGAGGGCGGUGCUGGCAGCUGUGGGAGAGGAGCUGGCUGCACACAAGGAGGACGUGGAUGAGUUGCGGCGCAUGUUGACUGCUGUGGGGGAGGGGAAUGAUGUGACUGCUGCUGUGGGGAAGGAGAGGGAGAGGGAGUUGGCAGCAGUGAAGGGGGUAUUGGAAGCGGUGAAAGGGGGUUUGGCAGCAGUGAAAUGGGAAUUUGCAUUAGUAAAGGGGGACUUUGCAGCAAUGAAGGGGGAGGUUGCGUCAGUGAAGGGGGAGUUUGCAGCAGUGAAGGGGGAGUUUGCAGCAGUGAAGGGGGAAUUGGUAGUAGUGAAGGGGGAAUUGGUAGCAGUGAAGGGGGAAUUGGCAGCAGUGAAGGUUGAGUUGGCAUAA